AUGUCGCUGAAGAAGACAACGUUUAAACAACGCGUUCGCAAGAAUGACAUGAAGGGGCGACACAAGGCCUCUAGCGAGUUGCGUAAACGCAUGCGUGCGGCGAAGCGGCGGCACAACCGAUUCGACAACAUCGAACGAGGCUCGCGGCCGCUGGAGGAACUUGUAGAGGACAUCUCGCAGGGUUCCGCGGCGCCCGCGCGCGAGGUGGCGCUGGACCCCCGCAGCCUCACCGACUUGCUGCUGCGCCCCGCCGCAGAGGUGAGUGGCACCCGCACGCGAUUGGCGCUGCCAGAUGCGCCGCUGCCGGAGAGUGACCCGCUCGCUCUGCCGGAGGUGCACAUGGAUGACGACGCUGCAAGGGGCGGCAGGGAGAGUGCACCGUCGGCGAACAAGAAUCAGUACCGGCAUCAUGGCGACCCUUACCUCUUCUGGGACCGCGUUGGCCUGCAUCCUUUGCUCCUCAAGGCUCUGAAGUCCAUGAGGUUCACACACCCCACGCCGGUGCAAGAGGAGGUGCUGCCUAGUGUUCUCUCAAAAGACAGCGGAGAAGCUGCUGCGAAUGCUUCUUCCAAGAAGGCAAGUAAAAAGCAGCAAGAGUGGCACAAGGAUGUUAUUAUCUCUGCAGAAACAGGCAGUGGAAAGACGCUGGCCUUUGCACUGCCCAUCCUACAUCAUAUUCUGUCAACAACCGCAAUACCUCUCGACACUGAAAAAUCGUGCCCCAAUGGAGCUGAACAUGAUGAAGGUAACAAUGAAGAUAAUGAAGAAGAGAACCAGAACAAUGUUGACGAGACGAUGGAGCGCAGCCAAAAAGCCUCUAAGGGUAAAAAGAGCUGUGUAGCGAAAAAAGCGCAUAGCAAGGGUGCUGACAAGAGCGGUAGAAAGCGCAAGCGGCCCGAGGACGAGAUAAAGGCUGAGGAGGAGGAUCUUCCCACAACAGCCAAUGCGGGAUCAAAAAAUCGCCUAAUGCAAGCUCUUAUUGUCUCCCCCACCCGCGAGUUGGCUCUACAAAUCAACGAAGCAUUUCUGCAGCUGACACAACACGCGCGACAUGUUGUCAUUGGGUGUGUGGUGGGCGGUAUGGCGCCGGAAAAGCAACAGCGCGUGCUGAAUCGUCACCCACACGUGCUGAUAUGUACACCCGGUCGUCUUUGGGAACUUGUGCAGAAGAACGAAGGUUGUUAUCUUGGUCAUAGCAUCAGUCGUCGCCUUGCCUACGUGGUUCUCGAUGAGGCUGACAAACUCCUUCAGUCUGGCCGCUUUGACGAGUUGAAGAAUAUGCUAGAGCGCAUUCACUGUGAGGUGCUACCCGCUGGUUUUGUGCAGGAGCGUGAGGAGGGCGCGGAGACGGGGGAAAUGGAGCUAGAAGCGGGUCGGUGGGACGCGGAAACGCAGACGUUUGUCCCAUUUUCGAAACAGUCAGCUGAAAGUAGCAAUGAGGCAGGCGGAGAGCAGCUGCAGCAACGUCAUCGGAAGGACACUCCGCGUCCGAUUCCAAUGCCGCCCAACCCGCCUGAAGGUCACCGCGUUGUCACCUUCGUCACAAGUGCGACGCUUUCGCUUCAGACAAACUAUGAACGCAAGGAUCUGCGGUCAAAAAAGACGGUUAUCCGUACCUCCAACGCCGACACUUUGACAACAGUUCUUCAGCAACUGGAGAUUAAGCCUUCCUACGCCCAUGUGUUCACCAUCUCGCCCAAGGCGGACGUUGCCACUAAGAUCCGAGAGACCUACCUGCGUUGCCCCGGUGACAGCAAAGAUCUCUACCUAUACUACUUCCUAAAGAUGUACCGUGAACGCACAAUUGUGUUUGUCAACGCCAUAUCCAUGCUUCGCCGAUUGGUGAAACUGUUGGAGGUGCUCGGCAUCCCUGUGGCGGGACUCCACGCCUCGCUUCAACAGCGGCAGCGCUUGAAGUACAUUGACAAGUUUAGAAAGGGCGAAAAGCUUGUGUUGGUGGCCACUGAUAUUGCCUCUCGUGGUAUAGACGUAGAGGGUCUGAAAUACGUCAUCCACUUCCAGGUGCCACGAUCGACCGACGCUUAUAUUCACCGUUGUGGUCGUACGGCGCGUUGUGGUGGCACUGGCCUCUCUGUCUUGAUGGUCAAUGCGCAGGAGCACGUCUCCUUUAAGAAGUUGAUGGAUUCCCUUGGUCGUCAGGCAAACGAGAUGGAGGUGUUUGCGUUACAACCAACUAUUGUGCAUCAGCUUCACUCCCACGUGAAGGUAGCCCUGCAGAUUGACAAGCUGCAGAAGGAGAUUGACAAAUCAAGAGCGCAGAACAACUGGGCACGUCGCAUGAGCCGCGAGGCUGAUAUUGAGGUGGACGACAUGGUUGACGAUGAGGCGGACAACGAGAACAGAUCAAAGGAGAAGGCCAUUAAGCUGCUCAAGAAGCGGUUGGCGUUGCUCGUCGAGAAGGACAUGGGCACGGCGGGUGGCAAGGGCGGCUUCCGUACCAGCGCGCAGGCACUCGGGGCCAAAAAAGCGGAAGCGAAGCUGGUUGAGCGUGCCACUGGGCAGGUCACGCAAAGGAAGAGCAAAGUGAAGACACAAUUGCGCAAGAGCAGCGGGUGA